UUCACGAAUCGACUUUCUCCUAUCGUCUUUUUCAUCGACUUCUAUUGUUUCGCCAAACACGCUACCUUCUAAAUGCAUGGUGGUGAUGGAAUUUCCCAUUUUUCCAUCAUUCGAACUUGCAAUUCCUGUUAGCCAAUCUGCUCGUUUGUUUUUCUCUCGCGGGACUUGUGUUAGCUCGAAUUUUUCCAAUCCCUGUACAAGGCUUUGGAUUUCCUCGACAUAUUUCAUCAUUCUCUCCUCCUUUAUUUUGCAAUUUCCCAACACCUUUCCCAUGACGAGUUGUGAGUCAGAGUGCGUCGCGAUUUCU